AUGUGCCCUUCUCCUAUUCGCUGCCUCCUCCCCAAUCGGUCGAUCUCUCCUCCACUUCCCUCUCCCGCACAUCUCUCUCCCAUCCUCCCCAUCCGCCGCCGCCACACCAUCGCCGCCGCCUACCCUCGGCGGGCGGUCCACCCCCUCCUCCUUCUCCGCCGUGGCGCGGUGCUCCGCGGCAACCUCUCGCUGGUCUGGUCCGGCUUGAGCCCCUUCGCGCUGACCCCAACCCCCCCCCCCCCCGUCUUCCAAGCUGGCGUGGCCACCAUCGACGGUGAGGGCCGCAGCAGGAGCAGGAGCACGGCGGGAAGGAGGAGAACGACCAGGGGAGGUCGAGCCGCCAUCCGUCGCCGGCCGUCGACACCUCCUGUUCGACCACACAGCGGGAGCACCGGACCGUUGUCCUUGUGUUCGUGCUCCUCCAGGAAGAAGACAACCCAAGAUUCGUCCAUUUUCACCAGUGCCUCCUUCGAUCUGCCCCUCUCGCUUGUCCAUUCAUGGAUUUAUAGUGAAAUGCCUCCUUCCAUGAUAAAGCAGCCUACUCUUAGGUACAAAUCUGGGUGUCAAUUCUGCCUCACCUUUCUAGCCGGCAGUGGUUCGGUUUGCUGCAGGUUCUCUCAGUGUUCAGGGCAGGGCAGACAACAUGUGUCGUCAACCGUCGACAAUUCAGCUGUCUCCAAAUGAGCAGCUUGCUGCUGAAGAAACCUUCAAGUUGCACUGCAAGCCAGUUGAGCUCUGCAUUGUUAUCCAAAAACGAGCCAUUGAUAAUCCAGCUUUUCUACAAAGAUGCCUCCGUUACAUGAUACAGGCAAGCCGCAAAAAGAGGAAUACAAGGGUGGGGUGUCUUGACUGCUGCUUGCCGGUUCUUUCCUCAGCAAGCGGGCGACUCGAUGUGAUCAUGGGCAAUGGCCACAGUUGGCCGUCGGCCGUGCUCACCCCUACUUCGUCCACCUACUCCUCGAGAACUCCACUGGCCUCCCGUGCGUGCACGGUCGAAGGCUGGUGGCCCAACUCGCCGGCGGGUCGGUGAAACGCCACAACCCCGACGCUUUGCUGAGUUUGGCAUCGACUACAAACCCGCUAUGGUGAGCUCAUCUUCACCUCUGGAUUACGCCUCUGGUUGCUCUGAGUCGUGACCGUCGAGCCCUGGCUAUGCCAUGCUUGAUUCCUAGCUGAUCAUCUUGUGGAUGACUGAGUGUGGAUAGUUUUUGUGGUGGUGGUCACCAGGCUACUGGUUUGUUGUUGGUUAUGGAGAUGUUGUAGGUUUAGCAUGUGGCUUAUCAUGGCCUCUGUUGGUUAAUUGGCUUGGAAACUGUGCUCUGGUGGUUGCAAAAUUGUAGUGGCUAGCUGGAACACCUAAUUCCGCCUUUGCAAUGAUAAACACCUUGCUUGUAGUAUUUUGUGAUGUUCGGCUGUCCGGUAAUGUGCUACUUAGUCUUCGGUCCCUUGCUAUGUAACCAACUUGCUCUAAUUAUUAAUAAUGGUAUUUCGACUUGUGGGAUGCAUUCA